ACAGCACCCGCUGCCGUAGGCAACAACAGCAUCCUUGGGUAUAAAUGGGACAUUGGUGGCCAUCAGCCGGCACACUCUCAGUCGCUCCGACUCGGAAACCAGGGCAUCAGCGGAGAUAGCAGGCAUUAAUUCGCCUCUUUCAGGCUAACUCGCUUUGGGCUUUGGUUCAGGAUGGACAACUCUUUUCUUUCUCGGAGCCGACGGAGCUCCAUCGUGCGCAACUGCAAAAGUGGCCUCUCGUUGUGGCUGGUGGUGUGGCUGGUCCUCGGCAAGCCGAAUCCGGCAUCGGCGUGUCCGCACCGCUGCGUGUGCUACCCGACACCCAUGACCGUGAGCUGCCAGGCGCAGAACUUCACCACCGUCCCCGUUGGAGUGCCGUACGAGUCGCAGCGCGUGUUCCUGCAGAACAACCGGAUCACGGAGCUCAGAGUUGGCUCUUUUGGCUUUGGAACUCAGGUUCUGUGGCUUUUCUCCAACAACAUCACAUGGAUUGAGGCAGGUGCUUUCAGUGAGCUGAGGGACUUGGAGGAGUUGGACUUGGGGGACAACCCUAACCUUCACAGGCUGGAGGGGGGAGCUUUCCGCGGACUCGAGAAGCUCCAGAGCCUCCAUAUGCACCGCUGUCGGCUCACUGCCCUGCCCCAUGACAUCUUCCACAAGCUCUACAGCCUGCAGUUCCUCUACCUGCAGGAGAAUAAUCUCCAUUUCCUGCAGGAUGACAUCUUUUCUGACCUCAUCAACCUGAGCCAGCUGUUUCUGCAUGGCAACCGCAUUCGCACCCUCUCAGAGAACGUGUUUCGUGGCUUGGUUAACCUUGAUCGUCUCCUGCUCCAUGACAACCGCAUCAGGCAGGUGAACCGUCGCGCCUUCCGUGACCUCGGCCGCUUGACCAUGCUCUUCCUGUUCAACAACUCUCUGGCUGAGCUCCCCAGCCAGACACUGAGGGACACCCAAGGCAUUGAAUUCCUCCGUCUUAACGCUAACCCCUGGUCAUGCGGCUGUGAGGCCCGUGCCCUGUGGGAGUGGUUCCGGGAGGCUCGUGUCUCUUCCUCAGAGGUCAUUUGCGCCUCCCCUUCAACUCGUCGCGGACAGGAUCUUCGCUUCCUUCGUGAGAUGGACUUUGCCCUCUGCCCCUUGCCUGACCCAGGCUCCAUUGCUGGCUCCACAACCACCACCUUCAGCACAAAAACCCGCUGGUGGUUCCACAAAAACAAGCCCCAGUCCUCCACUAAAGGUCUUUUUGAAAAAUCCUCUGAAACUGUCAAGGCUGGUUUGUAUGGGAAAGGCCCGUCCACAACCACUUCAGUAGUCAAGUAUGAGCUUGGGGAGGAAGAGCUGGCACUGCCCAAACUCGAUCCAGAAGAGUACUGGGCAAACUAUGGCAACGAGGACUCAGGUGUCACAUUGAGGUGCUUUGAGCUCGAAUGUCCACCUGAGUUUGACUUGCCACCUUCUUCCUUUUCACCCAGAAGCUCCUGGCCCUCUUCUCUUGUACUACUAGCCCUCUCUGUCUUUACCCUUUGCCUCAACACCCACCUACUAUUUGGCUGAAUCAGACGCUUAUGUCUUCACAACUUUCCUUACAGUCUGUUUUAAAGGCUGGAGGAUCCUUGUUAGACUGUCUGUACCCCCUUUGCCCACACUACUGUACCCAAAUCCUCAAGGAACAGUAUGGGAGAUGGGGGGUUGGCUAGAUCCCAAAUCUACCACCUAUAGGGCUUAACACUGUCAGGGCUGCUAACUUCAGCUCACAUCCCAUAUAUCUACAAUCCUCGACAGGUAUGGGUUUCUGUGUCCUACCUGUAUGUUCUUACAAGUCCCUGCCAUCAGGGGUUUGAGGGCUCAGUGCAUCACAUUUGUGAAGGAAAUUUGAGAGGAGCUGUAAACGAUGUGUCAUUUCUGUCACGUCACCUUAGUUGAUACUGUUAGUGGACUGAAAGCAUCCAUUCACCUGGUUGCCGCAAACACUUCAAUUACUGUUAGAGUCAGUGCGCAGUAAUUACUAUACUGUAACCACUUAAAGUGUUGUGUAAAUAGAUAUGUAUUCUGUGAAUGUCAAGAGUGUCUGUCGGUCCAUUAUAGUCACUUUCAUUGAGAUCCAGUAAAACUGUGAAGGCUUGUGCUUUUCAAAUGAGUGCCAUGCACAUGCCAGGGAUGAAAAUGGAGAAGCGGUCCAAGAAGAGCUGGUCUGAAAGAGGAAAGGAAGAACUAACGGUUGGCAGGAAAUCUUUUUUUUUCAAAGAAAUGUUCAACAAACAAGUGAGAAUGAUAGAAAUAGAAAAGGGAUGUCCAUGCAGCAAUAAGGAAAGGUAACAUAGAUGGAGAGGUUUGGCGGUACAGGCAGCAACCUGCUGGAGAGAAGUAAUAAAUCCAGUUAUCGGUAGAUGUUCAGCUCACAGCCUUCAUCACUACCUGUAAAUCUUGUGUUGUUUUGAAACAACCACAUGGAGAGAAUGCUUCCUGUCAGGAAGCCAGAUAUUUUGCUUUUGAAUGUCUUUCUGUGACAUAUUGAUACAAUGUGUAAUUAUUGUUGACUUGAAUGCACAUGGAAAUCUUGAUAAAAUAAUAUGACACUGAAUAUCUCCUACACGAAGCUUCUUUCUUGGAAUGAAUGAGUUUGAAUCAUCAUGGAACGAAAAACUGAUUAAAAAAAAAGUUCAAACAAAGAAAAAAAACUGUGAUUAAACAGUGUGUGAACUAAAAUGGCUGACCACAUGGUCACACAAAGUUGCUAAGACUUCUGAUGGGCAUCCAUAUCUGUGUACACACAGAUUAUGAAUUGCUUCACAGGCUGGCGACACUGCAAAAGGCAAAUACGUCAGUAAGAUGAUCACUUCUCUGACUCAAAUAUGGGUGAUGCCAAAUGGACAGACGGGUUGAAAAUUGGCUGCUUUGUGAAUACACCAAGAGAGCAAUGACGGAGCCUGGAUUCAGAGAGAGAGGGCAACAGAUAAAUUUAGACUCAGAUUGAUGCACUAAUUAUCUAAAAGAGGUAAUUUCUUCUAACAUAGCAGUGGCCAAAAAGAUCAAGCUUACAGAUAAUUGGUAAUGCUGAGGCCGCAAAACCAAAAAAA